CUACGUGCGUCGUGCGAGCCUCUCAUCAAUCAUCAUUGGCCCCCCUUCCCCGCGACGAGCGCGCCAUUGCCCCCGCCUCUAAUUUGUAAGCGCCAUCCAGGCCACCUACUCCAUUUCUCUGCAGCAGCGCCCCAAUCUUCGCCUCGAGGCUCCCCUCUCGGAGGUUGAUAGGGCGACCCAGCAAUGGCAGAAGUCCUGUCAGGACCUCAUGAACACCGUCUAAGCUCUGCCUUAGAUGGAAACUAUGACGAGAAGAGGAAAUCCAAUGUGGAAUAUUCAGAUGAUGAAAAGAAAGCCAUGAUCGCGUCUCUGAAGAAGAAGGCGAUGAGCGCAUCACAUAAGUUGAGGCAUUCCAUGAAGAGGGGGAGAAAGAGCAGCAAGGUCAUGUCCAUCUCAAUCUUGGAUGAGCGCGAUCCUGAGGAAGUGCAGGCUGUGGACGCCUUCCGCCAGCUUCUUGUACUUGAAGAGCUGCUACCAUCGCAGCAUGAUGACUACCACAUGAUGCUUAGAUUUUUGAAGGCACGAAAGUUUGAUAUCGAUAAGGCAAAGCAAAUGUGGUCUGAUAUGCUGAAGUGGAGAAAGGAGUUUGGUGCAGAUACAAUUCUCGAGGAAUUUGAAUUCAAUGAAGCUGAUAAGGUGGCACAAUGCUACCCUCAAGGUUACCAUGGGGUUGAUAAGGAAGGCAGGCCUGUUUACAUUGAACGGCUCGGACAGAUUGAUGUCAAUAGGCUCAUGCAGGUGACCACAAUGGAUCGUUUUGUCAAGAACCAUGUCAAGGAGUUUGAGAAGAACUUUGCUAUUAAGUUCCCAGCUUGCUCAAUUGCUGCGAAGCGCCAUAUUAAUCAGAGCACAACAAUUCUCGAUGUGCAAGGAGUGGGAAUGAAGCAAUUCAGCAAAGCUGCAAGGGACCUCAUCGGUAUGCUUCAGAAGAUUGAUGGUGAUAACUAUCCGGAGACGUUGUGCCGGAUGUUCAUCAUUAAUGCAGGCCAGGGAUUCCGGCUUCUAUGGAGCACAGUGAAGAGCUUUCUUGACCCGAAGACCACUGCAAAGAUUCAUGUUCUGGGUAACAAGUAUCAGAGCAAGCUUCUUGAGGUGAUUGAUGCUAGCGAGCUGCCAGAAUUUUUCGGUGGAACCUGCCAGUGCGAAGGUGGUUGCAUGAAGGCUGACAAAGGCCCUUGGAUGGAUCCCGAAAUUGUAAAGAUGGUUCAAAGUGGUGCUGAGAGGUGUGGAUCUCUCAGUUCGCCCUCUUUUGAGGCUGAGCAGAAAAUGAUUUGUGAAGAUGAUAUCAUAUAUCCUAAGAAACAAGCUUCUUUCAACGGGGAGGCACAAUUAGUUGGAGAUGGUCAGCACACUUUGUCAAGGAAAAUUUGCCGCAGCCGAAUUGAACAUCCUCAGUUGUCACCUGUCCACGAGGAACUUAUGCCUACCUCAUAUCUUACCCCCGGUUCACCUUAUUCUUGCGAUGUCCCAAUGGUUGAAAAGGCCAUAGAUGCUAUUUGUAAGAGCCAGGAAACACUACCAGAUGAGAAGCUCGCCAUCACCAAAGCUGUUGUAAAUGCCUCUACUGGAUCAAACCCCCCACUCUUUGGUAGCAUCAUAGCACUUGUGAUGAGCAUUGCAACGAUGCUCCGUGUGACCCGCAACAUGCCUGGGAAGGUACUUGGCGUUGCCAUAGGUGGCAGUAAACCAACCACCCUCACGAAAAGUAAAUCAAAAAUCCAAGCACGGCAGAGAUCCAAGAUAUCACUAGAGGCUGUGAAGGCGGCUGAUGAAGAUGGGGUAUCUGCGAAGCGCCUCGCCGAGCUUGAGGAGAAGAUCAUUGCACUCAUUACAAAACCUGCAACAAUGCCAGCUGACAAGGAGGAGAUGCUGCAGGCUGCAGUCAGCCGCGUCAGUGCACUGGAAGAGGAGCUUGCAGCAACAAAGAAGGCCUUGCAGGAGACUCUUGAGCGUCAAGGGGAGAUUGUUGCAUACAUUGAGAAGAAAAAGAAGAAGAAAAGCAAGCGUUUGUUUCGUUGGUAGAAGCGACCAACAAUGAAUCAUUCACGUCCAGGACAAGAGAUUCUGAUUGUGAUGGAAAAUAGUGAGCUGGUGUUCGCAUCUACCAGUAAACUACUGCGAUUCUUAUUGUAACAUAUAUGUUCUUUUAUUCUUCUUUUUUUUUCCUGCAUUGUUGCAAAUUAUUUGUCGAAGCUGCUCAUGUGUUGUACCUUACCAUGUGGAUGUGCUGCCAAAUUGUGAAUCCCGCAAAUGCAAUGACCAAUUAUGGUUGGAUGGACUGCUGAGUAUUGCCAAUAAUAUAAAUAUAUUUAUGAUACAAACUGAUGACAA